GCUCUUUGUCAGGUCUGUUGACAAAUAUCGGGGGAGGGACCACUGCGGCUGUGCGGCUGUGGGAGCGGGUGAAGGCGCUCUCCUCGUUCAACACUGGGCAGAAAUGAAGAGCCAACAGAAGAGCCCCGAGCCUGAUGGGAGUGUGACCAUCAGCGAGGAAGGGUCCGUGGCCACCGCAGAGGAUCCAGCUGCUAUUGCCACCAUUCAGUCUGCAGCCACGUUCUCUGACCAGCCCAUCAAGUAUCUCUUCAAGACCGAAGGAGCAGGCGGGCAGGUGACCUACAGAGUGAUCCAGGUGUCAGAUGGCCAGUUGGAGGCCCAGACAGACGGAGCUGCAGCGGUCAGCCUUGUCACUGGUUUCCCUGCAACCAGUCAGGCUGUCACACAGGCUGUGUUCUCCCAGUCGGAGGCGUUGGAGGGAGACGGCAGUGCUGAGACGCAGUACACGUACUACCCCGCCACCAUCGCAGACGCCACAACUGGCACAAUGGUGACCACGGUACAGGCCUCUGACACACUGCUGGGCCAGACCACACCCACAGGGCAGGUGUAUGUGAUGAUGUCACCCCAGGAAGUUUUGACUGGAUCCAAUCAAAGGACAAUCGCGCCUCGUACUCAGCCAUACAUAGCGAAACAAGAGGCCCCUCGGGCUUCCAGAGAUGACAAACGGCGAGCACAGCAUAACGAAGUUGAGCGCCGGCGGCGAGACAAAAUCAACAACUGGAUUGUUCAGCUGUCGAAGACAAUACCAGACUGUAAUGUGGACUAUACCAAGACAGGACAGAGUAAAGGAGGAAUCUUAUCUAAAGCCUGUGAUUACAUCAAGGAACUCCGACAGAGCAACCAUAAGAUGGGGGAAGACAUCGGCACUCUUGAUCGUCUCAGGAUUGACAACCAGCUACUCAGACAGGAGGUGGACGACUGGAAGUCCAAGAAUCAGAUCCUGAGGAACCUGCUGCGACAGCACGGUGUUGUGGGAUCGUCCAGUACAGACCCCCAGUGAGAAGCCUGAUGCCAGUUUGUAUUUGAGGAAGACCAGAUAUGGGCCAAAAGAGUACUUGAAACACUUUGAGAUACUUAAUUUGUGAUUGUACGUGCAUGUAAUAGGGGAAUGAAGCUGAAUAUUGUCAUUAAUAUUCAAAUCCAGCAUAUUUGCUAAACGACAACCUUAAAUAUGAUCUUUUUGAAGCUUUGUACAAAAUUGACAAGAUGUGUCUGAAAAGGGCGGGGGGGGGGGGUCUACAUUAACUUCAGUCUGAGGAGUCAAAUCAGUUUAGCAGGGUCCUCAUUGAAUGCCUUCCUCUACGAACAUUAUGAUUGUUCAUUAACCUGCAGUUCAGUAAGCUCCACAACACGACCGACUUCUCAUGCCAAUUUCUUUAACCUAGUCCCUGCAGCAUGAGCUUUUCUGUAUCAAAUGCACUCAUCUUAAUGUUGCUGAAAACAUUGUAUUCAUGCUUUGACUUGUUUUCACAUUUUAUCAAUUUCACUGACCAGUUGAUACCAAGUUUUUCAUUCAUUCAUAGUUGAGCUUUUUUUUUAGCUUUGUAUUUUUGUAUGUUGUUUCAUGAAACCUCACUGGGGACAAAAAUUACAUUGCAACAAUGUAACUAAGUAAAUAAACAGGGGUUGUAAGCAGUGAGCGAUUUGUUAAUUUUUGCCAGGGAAGAUGGUCCCUGGAUUAAUGGUGUAGGCACCAAAUAUGAAUAUGUACUCCACUUUUACAUCGCAUACUCACAGCAAGACAUCUAUCGAACUGUAUGUUGUAGUAUGUUGAUAUGGCAUUUGCUACAGCUCGCCGAAGUGCACGUAUAUAUACAUGUACGCCUACUCAAGAGAGAUGUCUUUGCCCCAUUCUUCCUCAGCAUUUAUUACAAAAAAUUCAAUAAAGAAUAAAAAAUUGAACUGA